AUGGUAAGGGUGGCAAGGGGGGCUAAGGCACCUUCUAGGUUGAGAGUGGGGUCAUGGAACAUAGGGACUCUUAAAGGGAAGUCUGGAGAGUUAGCAAAGAUUCUCCAUAAGAGGAAGAUUAACAUAGCUUGUGCCCAGGAGACUAGAUGGGUGGGGAACAGGGUUCGGGAGGCUGAUGGGUUUAAGUUGUGCUAUUUAGGGAGGGUGAGAGGGAAGAACGGAAAUGGAGGAGGUACUUCGCUGCUGGAGUACGUUAAAGCUUUUGAGCUGGUGAUCGCUAACUCGUGUUACCCGAAGAAGGCGAUGAUAACUUUUCGGAGUACGGUGGACAAGACCCAGAUUGAUUAUCUACUUCUCCGAAAAUGUGAUAGAGGUUUAUGCACGGAUUGCAAGGUCAUCCCGAGUGAGAAUCUUACGACCCAGCAUAUGCUUUUGAUUAUGGACUUAGAGAUCAAGUGGACGAGGAAGAAGAGGGCUAUACCUAGGGUUAGGUGUGGUGCAUUGACUAAGGACAAGGUCCAGGAGUUGGGGGAGAAGUUAGAGGCGGCGAGAGAGGUGUUAGCGGUCUCAAAGGGUUUUUCUGGUGGCCAUAAAGGGGGUUGGUGGUGGAACGAAGAGGUUCAGAGGAAAGUGGAAGCCAAGAAAGCAGCAAAUUUGAAGCUAGUAGAAAGUAUAGACGAGAGGCAGAAGAGUACCAACAGGGAGGGGUAUGAGAAGGCUAGGAAGGAGGCGAAGUUGGCGGUUAUUACGGUUAAGACCGCAGUGUUUAGUCGUUUAUACAAAGAAAUUGGGGAUAAAGGCGGGGAUAAGAAGUUGUACAGGCUAGCGAAGGUGAGGGAGCGGAAGGCCCGGGAUCUGGACCAAGUGAGAUGCAUAAAAGAUGAGGAGGGAAAAGUUUUAUUGGAGUGGGCACAGAUUAGGCAGAGAUGA